GCGUGGAGGUGCCACAGGGCGCGGGCGGCGGCGGGUCUGCGCCGAAGGAGCCACCGUAUCGGGGACCGAGGUCCAGGGGCGCAGCAGUGGCUGCGGCGGCAGGACGAUGGCAGCGCCCACAGGAGCCAUGGCAGCGAUUGCAGCCUCAGACCGCAGGCGCGGGUUGUGGUCGGUGCUGGCGGCGGCGCUCGGACUCUUGACAGCUGGAGUAUCAGCCUUGGAGGUGUACACACCAAAAGAAAUCUUCGUGGCAAAUGGGACACAGGGGAGGCUUACGUGCAAGUUCAAGUCUACCAACACCACGAGCGGGCUGACCUCGGUCUCCUGGAGCUUCCAGCCAGAGGGGUCUGACACCACUGUGUCGUUUUUCCACUAUUCUCAAGGACAAGUUUACCUCGGGAAUUAUCCACCAUUUAAGGACAGAAUCAGCUGGGCCGGAGACCUUGACAAGAAAGACGCGUCGAUCAACAUAGAAAACAUGCAGUUUAUACACAACGGCACCUACAUCUGUGAUGUCAAAAACCCUCCUGACAUCGUGGUUCAACCUGGACACAUUAGGCUGUAUGUCGUAGAAAAAGAGAGCUUGCCCGAGUUUCCAGUUUGGGUGGUGGUGGGUAUAGUUUCUGCUGUGGUCCUAGGUCUCAUUCUGCUCACCAGCAUGGUUCUGGCUGUUUUCUACAGAAGGAAAAGCUCUAAACGGGACUACACCGGCUGCAGUACAUCAGAGAGUUUGUCAGCGGUUAAGCAGGCUCCGCGGAAGUCCCCCUCCGAUACAGAGGGCCUGGUAAAGAGCCUGCCUUCUGGAUCUCACCAGGACAUGUAGAAUGUCAUCUGUGGAAUAAAGACAGACAUACCGGGGUCCUCGUUGUGACGUAGCGGGUAAGGCCACUGCCUUCGACGCCGGCAUCCCAUGUGGGCACCAGCUUGUGUCCCGGCUGCGCCACUUCUGAUCCAGCUCACCACUAGUGGCCUGGGGAAGGCAGCAGAAGAUGGCUCAAGUCCUUGGGCCCCAGCUACCUACGUGGGAGACCUGGAAGAAGCUCCUAGCUCCUGGCUUCGGCCUGGCCCAGCGCUGGACGUUGGAGCCAUUUGGGAGAAAACCAGCGGAUGGAAGACUUCUCUCUCUCUCUCUCUCUCUGUAACUCUGACUUUCAAAUAAAUAAAUAAAUCUUUUUAAAAAAAGAACAAACCCGGUUCGCCUAUUUGAUUUACCUGAUCCGUUUUACAGGGUGUCUGGAUAACACAGUGCUCCCAAUAGGUGAGUCAGGGACUGUCGGUACCGCCCACGUUGUCCGUGUCAGAUUGUCACAGUGCUGAAAGACACAGACGCCACUGUCAGUGCCGUUUUAGAGACACACUGAUGCUUGCACAUUUACAGAGGUGCUGCAGGCCACAUGGUCUCUGCCAUGAUCACGGGAGACCUACAUUCGGACCCCAGCUCGGCCCAAGUUCACGCGGGUCUGGGCCGUGAGUGGUGUUUUGGAACUUGAUUUUGACGUGCACCGUGGCAUAGCUCUCUCCGCUCGGUCUGUCCCUCCUUUUGUGGAGGGUGGAGCACCUGAGCCAAAGAGUGCAGUGUGGAGGGCUCCUGGGCGGGGGUGCGGGUGUGUGUUUGACACCCCAUGCUUUUGCCCGCGGAACUUUCCAUCUCAGAGUUGAAAGCUUAAACCACUGUUGUUGGACUUCUCAAGAAGAAUUCCCGUGAAUUAGGAGAAAGCCGAUUUGGGGUUAUAUUGCACUCUUCUUUUAAGAUGAGAGCUGUUGUACAGUUUUGGGGUGUCCAGGUUAGAAGUGCCAUGCUGGGCACCCACUGUCGGUCUGCACCCCUAGCCUCUGCUUAGACCUCUGCCCCUCAAAGAGGGCAACAUGCCCCGUCCCAGAUAUUUGCAAAAGCAGAGAGAACAAUGUAACGCCCCCUUCCCUCCUUCUGUAUUGGACCCCACAGCUCCCUGGGACUUUUACCCCUUCCUUCCUGCUCUGGUAAAGGGGCCUUCCUUACUUUAUUCCAACUAGGGCCUUUCUUUAUAGCUUUAGAGAGCGUGACUUUGAGAAUGCUGUCUUUUUAGUUUUAUUUUAAAAUGAAGAAGAGCUAGCGCCAUCAGUGCUG